CAAACGUGGUUGAAUUUGUGGCUGGAGGGAUGGGCUCCGCAUCAUUUACCGCCACUGUAACUGUCGGUCGAUUGCGCAAAAUGGCUCACUUGGUGCUGGUUGCAGUGUGCACAACAUCGAUGGGCGCGACUCGCUGGACGCCUCGGACUCGAUUGCGACGUACCUCUCGGACGGUGAAGACGUCGUACCGCCGCUUUCCUUGGGCGACACGACCGAUUCGGACGAAGAAUCGCGAGAGAAAUCCAACCAGGCCGUUGUGGCCGCUGCGGUGGCUGCUGCAGGUCGACACCGCGCGCACUCCUUGUCGUUUGAGGAGAACGCAAAGCUGCGGUCGCCGGUGAUAUCUCCAGUUGUGAUCCACCCGUCUCCUCCUGGUAUGGCCGGAAGCAUGGAAGAUACGAAGCUGCCGGCAAACCUGUUCCCUGCAGGACUGCCACGGACUAACAGCCGUCGGAGGAACUCGCAGAAUUGCGCAAACUGCAAUGGAAACCACAUUACAAUCGCCUGUCCGCUGCUGGAGAGCGCGCUGAUGCCACCGGCGGUGUCGCCUACGCCAGGCGGAUCGGGCGUGGAUACGGUGCUGCGCAAAUGCUUCACGACGAUUCACAACAACAACAUGGCCAACAGCACGCACGCGUUCCUUGGCGACGAAGUCAGCGUGCGAGGAGGCAGCAACUUCGCCAACAUGAAGCAGUGGCCGUCCAGUAGUGCAUUGCAGCAGAUGGACCGACCGUCGCCGUUUGGCAUGAACGUUAUUGCGGAGGACAACCUGAUGGCCAACGAAGAUCUGGCGCCGAUGCUGGGAGAGCUUGCCGUGCCGAACGCAGGAGGCAAUCUUCAUUCUUGGAAUGCGGACUCGUGGUUGCUGUCAUGUCUGGCGACGGAGCUCCCUUCCGAUGUGUUUGAGGAACUGCGUGGCUUGGAGCGGGGCGAUAAAAAUUGGUCCUUCUCUACAGGUCCCGAUUCGUCCGGCAUGGCACUGACAGGUUGGGUCCACGUGAAGGUACCGGGACGGAAGUGGUGCAGGCGCUUUUUGUCCUUGUAUCGCAAUAACUUGUGGGAGUAUCUGGAUACGAAUGAAUCAAGCCGUCCUGUCGGCCACGCUAAUUUGUUCGAGGGAUCUGUCCACCCGCAGCAACGGAGUACGGUGGAGUUUGUACUCAAGUACAAUAGCCUGUCAUCGGCCAGCUCUGCGCGCAAUGAGCUGUGGCUGCAGUUCGACUCUGAAAAGGAUGCGAUGCAGUGGCGGGAGACGAUGACACGCGCUGUGAAGCUGCAGAUUGACGAUUUGUUUGAUCUUACUCCGGAUUCGCCGACUGGGACGUCUCCGAAGAACUUCGAGCUGGGCAAAGGACGCUUCUCAAUUGUUCGUCGUGCGCGCCGGAAAGAUGGUUUGGACGACCCAUCCAGCACUCGAGAUUGUGCUCUGAAGAUCAUUGAGAAGAAUAUUUUCUGGGACUUGGUCGCACGUGAAACAGAGCGAGAAGACACAGUGGUGCGCGAGAUUUUGACGCAGAGUCUGCUGACGGUACGCUCGGGCUCCUCAUACUGUCCAGUGAUUCGGCUCCAGUCGCUAUUCGAAACACGCAACCACUUGGUCAUGGAGCUGGAACUGAUGCGAGAUGGAGACCUCCACGAAGAGAUCGCCACGAAGAGUGCUGUGGACGAAUCGCGCGCAUCAUUUUUGGUUGCCAGCCUAAUCCGCGCCAUUGAUUAUUGCCAACGCAAUGGCGUCGCUCACCGAGAUGUGAAACUAUCAAAUCUGGCACUGGACUAUGAGCGGAGCGCAAAUGGCAAAGAGUACGAAGCAGCGUUAUUGUUUUCGAGCAAACGCCCUCAUAUUCUAACGUUCGUUUUUUUUCAUUGAUGAACAGGUAUGCGGUCAUCAAGGUUGCUGACUUUGGUAUGGCAGCAUUCAUCCAGAAGGAUGGAAUGCUGAAGGGCAGGUAUGUUUGUUUAGGUUGCCUGGAUAUCACGUUACAACACACUAACUAAUCUUUCGAUUCGCUUUCGUAGAUGUGGAACUCCUGGGUUCGUCGCUCCGGAAAUUCUAUCAGCUGGUAAGGGUGAAGCAUACCCCAUGGGAGUGGAUAUGUUCUCUGCGGGUGUUGUGGCAUAUACAAUGCUUUGCGGCUAUGAACCAUUCUUCGGUGUGAACGACGAAGAGCUUAUUCAAAUGAACAAGCGGGUUGAUUAUGAGUUCGAAGAACCGGAGUGGGCGAGUAUCUCUGAUGAGGCCAAGGAUAUGGUACGUGCGGAUAGUUUUAUCGACGAUGGCGCGAUUUCGUGAAGGCUAACUUGGUGAUUAUCCGAUGUUUGUUUGUACAGAUUUCUCUCAUGAUGGAGAAGGAUACAUACAGGCGAGUAACACCAAAGGAGGCACUGGAACACCCAUUCCUACGGGAAGCCAACGCUGUAUUGGAGGACCUCUUCCGAGAACAACAGCCUAUUAACCCCACGCGAUUGCUAUGACGGAGCUGCAUUAUCAAUGCUCUUGAUAAUGCACGGGCGAGUAAGAAAGCUUGGGGACGCCUUCUGUUUUCUUUUUGUGGACUUCUUUCUGCAUGCAUACGGCGUUUGGGCAACAGAAGACGGGAGCUUACGUAUAAUAUACUUUGAAUUUACCAGCGUUAUGUGGCCCUGUUGAGGUACGCGUCCAAAGGGAACGACAGGUAGCGUGCUGUCUCCUGGACGAAGCGCGCGUCAGCAAGGCACCGGAACUUGAUGUUGUCCAGCACAUGCGGCGGAGUUGUACGCUGAAAGAGCUGCAUCCGCACGAGUGUCGCGAGCUGUAAACAAUAGAUAACGAAUGAUAAGUACUGCAGUAAGGCAAGCUUAGCAGACCACAGCGAACUCACAUGAGCGAAGACAUCCUCGCGUGUUUCGGACGAGCACGAUUCGUCGUCAGCUUCAGCUUCGACCCGGAGGUUGAGGUAGAUGGCUAGAAGCCGCUGCAGUGUAAAAAUCCGAGGCCCGAUGAGCAGUUGGCUGAUCUGCUGCUUCUUGUUGCCGCUUGUGGUUGUACUUGAGGGUGUACUCGACUCGCCAGCAGUGUCUUUCUUGACGCGCUUCUUGCGCCGCUGUCCACCAGAGGACGAGAGGAAGCGCACAUCCGUUUCUUGAGGAUUGAACGAAGCCAGAUAACCUGCAAGCACGAGCAGCAAGCAGUUCCGGCUCAAAUUGCUGCAGGAGAUCAGCUCGGACGGAUCGCCGACGCUGCUCCCGAGCUUGUGGUAGCCGAACAGGUGCCUCCGUCGAGUCUGUAAGAACGCCUGGACCAGAGACUUCGUAUCCCGCUCGAUCUUACUCUUCGUCCUGGAGGCUUGAGCACCUUCCACAGGCUGCAGGAAAAUGUCCCGGAACUCGGGCAGCAGAUGCACGACCGCCGCGCGAAACUCGAGCCAAUCCCCAUCCGGCGCAGGUGGCAACAGCCCGUGCAGGUGAAUGAGCCACGUGCGGAACAGUUCGUUCGCCUCCUUCAUGCCCAACUGCUCCACCAGAAUAUCCGCCAGUUGUCCUGCAGCAACACCAUCCCAUCUGCAAUAAGCACCACAUAACGAGCUCAACAGCAGCAAAAGCAGCUACUUACCCGGCUUGUACGGCGGGAAGUGCACGUAGGCAGGAAUGAAGGGCAUCACUAGUCGAUCAAAGUCCAGCGACAUUCCCCUCGUAGCCAACAGCACACAGGCUUCCCACGGCGGAGAAUCCUCGAACAUCUACAGCAGCAGCGUUACUCAACCAAUCCACCCGUACCCGAUACAAAUAUGCUCCAGACACUUACAUUCAAGUAGGCGAUCUGGUCGUUGAUGGUGCACACACACGUCAGCAACGCUCCCAGGCCUCGAUCCAGCAGUUUGUCUACGUGGUCCAAUGCCAGGUACAGCACGCGCCUCGU